GACUGCUGAGCCGAGGGAAGGCCCGGGAUUUCGGUCGUUGCGCCCCCAGCCCCAGGCCGCGCGCUCCGCCACAGUGCUGGGGGGCUAUGGGGGCUCCGCGCCACCCACCGCCCGUCCUCCCCCGGCUCCCGCUGGGGCUGCUGCUGCUCCUCCUGCUGCUCCUGCUCCUGAGCGGACCGGCCCCGGGUCGCGCUUCCCCGCGGCUCUUGGACCACCCGGCACCCGUGUGUGGCCGGAAAGGACUAAACUGCAUAGUCAAGAAUAGUAACUGCUUGGAUGACAGCUGGAUCCACCCUCGAAACCUGACUCCUUCAUCCCCAAAAGAUGUCCAGGUGCGGCUGCACUUUGCCCACACCCAGCAUGGAGACCACGUCCCUGUGGUUCAAAUCAAAUGGACACUGCAGACAGAUGCCAGCAUCCUCUACCUGGAGGGUGCAGAGUUAUCUGUCCUCCAGCUGAACACCAAUGAGCGUUUGUGUGUCAAGUUUGAGUUUCUCUCCAGACUGCAGAGUCACCACAAGCGGUGGCAUUUUACCUUCAGUCACUUUGUGGUAGAACCUGGCCAGAAAUAUGAGGUGACCGUUCACCACCUGCCCAAGCCCAUCCCUGAUGGAGACCCAAACCACCAGUCCAUGAACUUCCUCGUGCCUGACUGCGAGAACCCCGAGAUGAGGAUAACCACGCCAUGUGUGAGCUCAGGCAGCCUGUGGCAGCCUAACAUCACCGUGGACACUCCGGAAGCCCACCAGCUACGGGUCAACUUCACCCUGUGGAAUGAAUCUGCCCAUUACCAGAUCCUGCUGGAGAGUUUCCCACGCACAGAGAACCAGACAUGUUUCAAGCACGUUAUGGAUAUACCCAUGCCCACACAAGAGGAUUUCCACCAGCGGUCCAACGUCACGCUCACCCUACCGAACUUUAAGUGGUGCUGCCACCAUCGAGUACAGAUCCAGCCCUUCUUCAGCAGCUGUCUGAAUGACUGCCACAGACAUUCCGUGAUGGUCCCCUGUCCAAAACUUCCAGGUACUUCAGAUAGGAAGCAAAUGCCUGACUCCAUACCCCUGUGGGUGUACGGGUUCAUCACGAUCAUCUCUGUCCUUCUGGUUGGCUCUGUCAUCCUGCUGAUCCUCUGCAUGACCUGGAGGCUAUCUGGGUCUCAUCAUGAAAAAUAUGGCAAUGACACUAGAGACACAGAUGUCCUGCCCACUGCUGGCCUGAUGCCCCCUCCCCUAAAGCCCAGGAAGGUCUGGAUCGUCUACUCUGCUGACCACCCCCUCUACGUGGAAGUGGUCCUAAAGUUCGCCCAGUUCUUGCUCACUGUUUGUGGCACCGAAGUGGCCCUUGACCUGCUGGAGGAGCAGGUCAUCUCAGAGGUGGGCGUCAUGACCUGGGUGGGACGCCAGAAGCAGGAAAUGGUAGAGAGCAACUCCAAGAUCAUCAUCCUGUGUUCCCGAGGCACCCAAGCCAAGUGGCAGGCCAUCCUCGGCUGGGAGGAGCCUGCCAUCCAGCUUCGAUGUGACCACAGGAAACCCGCUGGGGACCUUUUCACAGCAGCCAUGAACAUGAUCCUCCCAGACUUCAAGAAGCCAGCCUGCUUUGGCACCUACAUCGUCUGCUACUUCAGUGACAUCAGCAGUGAAAGCGAUAUCCCCGACCUCUUCAAUAUCACUUCCAGGUACCCACUCAUGUACAAAUUUGAGGAGGUUUACUUCCGGAUCCAGGACCUGGAGAUGUUUGAACCCGGCCGGAUGCACCGCGUUGGGGAGCUCACGGGGGAGAACUACUUGCAGAGCCCCAGCGGCUGGCAGCUCAAGGAAGCUGUGGAGAGAUUCCGGGAGUGGCAGACUCAGUGCCCUAAUUGGUUUGAGCGCGAGAACCUCUGCUCGGCAGAUGACCAGGACCUCGAGUCCCUGGAUGAAGAGAUAUUGGAAGAGCCACUGCUGUCACCAGGAAGAGGGAUGGUGAAGCAGAAGCCCCUGUUGCGGGAGCCUGCCCCAGAGGGCCACCUGGUGGUAGAUCUGCUCCUCGCUGAGGAAGGAGGGGGCGUGGCAAGGCUGCAAGCUCAGCUUCAGCCCCAAGAGCAGCUGGCAGCCCCGAUCCUCCAAACCGCUGUGCUCCCAGUGGAGUCAGUCCCUCCCACUCAGGCUUUGGAACCCGUCCCUCAUGAUGGGGGGAGCAGCCCAGCCAGCCGGUUGGCUGUCGUGGAUGGAGGUGAGGCCUGCCCACUGCUCGAGGGCCGUGGCCCUGGGCGGAAUAGUGUCCUCUUCCUCCCCUUGGACUCAGAGGACUCACCUCUCUGCAGCACUCCAGUGGCAUCACCCGACCACCUCCCAGAGGACGUAAGGGAGCAGCUCGAAGGCUUGAUGCUCUCACUCUUCCAGCAGAGUCUCAGCUGCCAGGCCCAGGAGGGAUGGAAGAGACCUGUGGUGGCCCUCAAAGACCCAUGCUCACCCUACGAGGAGGAGCAGCGGCAGUCGGUGCAGUCCGACCAGGGUUAUAUCUCCAGAAGCUCCCCACAGCCCCCCGAUGGACUUACGGAAAUGGAGGAAGAAGAAGAAAAGCAGGACCUGGGAAAGUUGUCUGAGCCACUCUCCCCUGAGGCCCUGGAGAGCCUGAGAAGCCUCCAGCGACAACUUUUUUUCCAAGAGCUUCAGAAGAACUCUGGCUGGGACAGCAUGGAGCCAGAGAGGCCGGUCAUGUAGGUCCUCCCAGACCCAGAGCGUUGUGAGAAGAGGGUGUGUAUAUGCAUGGGUAUACACGUGUGUCUGUAAAUGAGUAUAUAUUCAUGUGCGAAAUGAUACCUUUAAAAUGUAGACAUCUUGAUUCUGAUGCCUGGGCAUCCCCUUUAAUUUUUCUUUCUGCGACCAUCCAGUCAUCUUCCAUCCCCACAAAAAUCUACAGCCCAUUACCAGGAGCUAGUGGCUGUGUCUUUGAGUUUCCAUCAUUCAUUCAUUUGUUCAUCCAUUCAUUCAUUCAACAUUGAUUUUACACCUGGCAUUGGCCCUGGCCACCAAGGAGCUUAACAUCUAGUGAGAACGACAGAUUAGCAAAGAGAAGGACAGUCACGCACAAUGUCAAGGCUGACCAGAGGCCUGCCCAAGGCUAUGAAACACAGAAGGUGCACCUGGCCCAGGGAGAAAUUCCUGGACAGUUGCUGUAUGAGCCGAAGGAGAAACUAGUUUCCUGGGCCAAGAGAUUGUGGUUGGAGAAGGCACCAGUCCUGGGAAAGGGAGCAGCGAGCGUAUGGGGUAAGGGCUGGGAGGUGAGUGGGACCUGGGCCCAUCAGCAAACUGCAAGUUGAACCUGGAGAGGAAGGAGGGAGGUAUGAGAGAUGUGAUGGAGCGGUAACCAGAGCCCAGGCUGGGAGUUGGGACAUCAGCCUGAAGGCCUGGGACAAAUUGAAUGCCCUGCAGAGGAGCAGGCUGAGAGCCACACAUACCUGGAAGCCACCUCAGAUUAUUUUGGAAAGAGACAGAGUAGACAUCUAUGAUGUGAAACUAAACAGCAUCCAGCAGGGAGAUAAGUCUGAAACCUCAAGUUCACAUUUUGGCAGGCAGUCGGUGGGAGAGCUAUGGCUAAGGAUGCUUCUGGGGCUGCCGGCUGGGAAGCAUUGGAAGCUGGGAGCCCUCAGCUCCAUGCUGGGGUCCAAUGGCAAAGUGAAUUGAGUAUGAGAUAUGGAGGGCCCAUAGCCGGGUGGGAAGACAGGUGGCAUGGUGGGAGUGCAGUGGCAGUGAGGAAGGGAAGAGGAAGGUACGCCACUCUGUACUUAAAGGUCUGAGGUUCAAAAACAGCAUUUGAGAAGAGAUGCUAAGUCCCAGUAUUCAAAGUUGUUCCUGGAAGAGCAUGCUGGGAUACCAUCUGUCCUUGGAGCUGAGGGUUCUUCAGCACCUAUACUUGAGUCAUUAACUAUUGCCCCAAGUUUCAGCAAGGAGGAGAGGAUUCUGAAAUGUGAUGGGAAACCAGAUAUCACAGAUGUACAUGUGUGUGUGCAUGCACACAUGCAUACUUAAGCAUGAAAAGGAUUGUCAGUAAAAGAAUGAAUAAAUUUGUUAACUGUAAGAA